AAAAGGAGGGCUAUAUACAUUUAGUUAUACAAGCACCAGUUUCCAGUGUUCUCAUAAUUUCCCUUUAUUCCUUAGAUCACUGAAAUCUGCGGCGUUUGUGAUCCACAUCCAAACUAGCUAACUAAGUUUCACAAAAUCCAAGAAAAAGAAUGGAACAGAGAAGGAACAGUUUAGGUCUUCCCACAUUCUUUAUCAUUCUGAACUGUUUUGUUCUUCUUCUUUGUUUUUCAAGAUCUGUACAAGCUUACAAGAACUACACUGUUGGGGAUUCUUUAGGCUGGUAUGACAACCAAGAGAAGCCUAAUAUUAAUUACCAGAAAUGGGCUUCUGGCAAAAGCUUCAGCUUGGGAGAUUUCCUCAUUUUUAACACCAAUAAUAACCAUUCAGUCAUCCAAACCUACAACUUUACCACAUACAAGCUUUGUGACUAUGACAAUGCCUUAGACAAUGAUACCACCCAAUGGUCGCAAGACAAGCCAUCGAACACCGCCACACAUGGAGUGUCCGUGGCUGUUCCAUUGCUAAAAGAAGGGCCCACAUACUUCUUUUCCGGCGACUACGACGGUGAACAAUGCGAGAAUGGACAGCAUUUCAUGAUCAAUGUGACUCAUGGCCAAGGUUUGCCUAAGAGCCUCCAAGACCCUUCAAAUGAAUCACCAGGUCCCACAAGUCCCCAGUCCGGUGAUGAUGAUGAAUCAGCACCAGACACAAUUGUUCCUUCCAAUUUCAAUCAUCCCCAAGAGGAAGAGGCUGAUGAUGAUAAAAAAGAUGCAUCAGGGGCUUCUCUUCCAAUGUUGUCUAUGGAAUUGAAAUUGUGGAGUGCUAUUUUGUCUGUUUUAGGACUUGCUUACAUAUUUUGAUCACAAUCUUUUACUUUUCUUUUCCUUUUUUUUUUUUUCCUUAUCAUUUUUUUUAGGUUUGUUUGGUUGUUUAGGGAUUGAUUUUUUACUUUUUUGGGCUUCAUAUUAUAUAUAGGAAAAAUAAUCUAGAUAUGAUAUUCUUUUUAUGGUGUAAUUAAAGUAUAUCAUUAAGGUCUGUGUUGUAGCCUUGCGGAAUAGGUUAACAAUUAAUAAUGCACUUUAUUUUAUUUUA